AUGCUAAUAUAUCAAUUCCUAAUGAUUAGAUUUAUAUUCUUUGUUCAAAUUGGCAUGAUGAAGAUGGAUGGAUUAAUUUAGAUGAAUUAGGGUAGACUUUAAAUGAUACUUAGAUAGAGAAGGAGUAAUACUAGAAUACUUUUAAAUAAAUAUUUAAUAGAUUGAAUGGGAAAGUGAAAAUGGAAAGUUUUAUAAUAGCUGGAGUGAAAUGUAAUAAAUAUUAAAGAUUUUACCAUGA